AUGGCUUUCAAGUCUCUUCUUUCUUUCGUCUCGGUCAUUGGAGCGCUCCAGGGCGCGAACGCCGCGUUGACCCGCCGCGUCGCUUGCCCCGACGGCGUGAACACCGCUACCAACGCGGCGUGCUGCCAGCUCUUCGCCGUCCGCGAGGAUCUCCAGCAGAACUUGUUCCACGGCGGUCUCUGCACGGCUGAGGCGCACGAGUCUCUCCGCCUGACGUUCCACGACGCCAUCGCCAUCUCCCCCGCUCUCGAGGCCCAGGGCAUCUUCGGUGGCGGUGGUGCCGACGGCUCCAUCGCGAUCUUCCCCGAGAUCGAGACCAACUUCCACCCCAACAUCGGUCUCGACGAGAUCAUCGAGCUCCAGAAGCCGUUCAUCGCCCGUCACAACAUCUCCGUCGCUGACUUCAUCCAAUUCGCCGGUGCUAUUGGUGCCUCGAACUGCGCGGGUGCCCCCCAGCUCGCCGCCUUCGUUGGCCGCAAGGACGCCACCCAGCCCGCCCCCGACGGCCUCGUCCCCGAGCCGUUCCACACCCCCGACCAGAUCUUCGACCGUCUCGCCGACGCGUCCCAGGGCGAGUUCGACCCCAUCCUCACGGUCUGGCUCCUGACCGCGCACACCGUUGCUGCCGCCAACGACGUCGACCCGACCAAGUCCGGCCUGCCGUUCGACUCCACCCCCGAGCUCUGGGACACGCAGUUCUUCCUUGAGACCCAGCUCCGCGGCACGAGCUUCCCCGGCUCUGGCGGCAACCAGGGCGAGGUCGAGUCUCCCCUUGCGGGCGAGAUGCGUCUCCAGUCCGACCACACCAUCGCUCGCGACUCCCGUACGGCGUGCGAGUGGCAGUCGUUCGUCGACAACCAGCCCAAGGCUCAGCAGAUGUUCCAGUUCGUGUUCCACGACCUCUCCAUCUUCGGCCAGGACAUCAACACGCUCGUCGACUGCACGGAAGUCGUCCCCAUCCCGGCUGACCCUCAGGGCCACACGCACUUCCCCGCUGGCCUGAGCAACGCCGACAUCGAGCAGGCUUGCGCCGAGACACCCUUCCCAACCUUCCCCACCGACCCCGGACCCAAGACCGCCGUUGCCCCCGUCCCCAAACCCCCUGCCGCCCGGAAGUAA